ACUCCCUCCAUGUUUCUCAUCUUUAUAUUCUGAAGUUUUUCUUUGAAUUGAUUUACAUGUUUAUUGGAUUUUACAAAUGAAUUGUGUAUAGAGUUAAGAUCCAGUGAGGACUUUGUUCCAAUCCAACACCAUACCUUGUUUCUCUGUGUUUGGCAAAUUGAAUAUGUUGUAUUUCUUUGUCUCUUGUUCAUUUCUCUGUGUGUUCCUUUUCAUUUUCUCUAGGUUAUUUCCAAAACUGAAUGGUGUAGAGAAAAAACCCAUCUCAAACAACAACUCACCUAAAAUAAAGUAUGAUGUUUUUGUUAGCUUCAGGGGUGAAGAUAUCCGCGAUGGGUUCCUUAGCCAUCUGACUGAGGCUUUUGACGUGAAGAAAAUAAAUGCCUUUGUAGAUGAUAAGCUUGAAAAGGGGGAAGAACUAUGGCCGUCACUUGUUGCUGCAAUUGGAGGAUCAUCCAUUUCUUUGAUCAUAUUCUCACCAGAAUAUGCUUCUUCUCGUUGGUGUUUGAAAGAACUUGUGACCAUACUUGAAUGCAAAGAGAAAUAUGGACAUACCGUCAUCCCUGUUUUCUACCAUGUAACACCUACAGAUGUACGGCAUCAAUCAUCUCAAGGUUACAAAGAAGCAUUCUCCGAGCAUGCAAGAAAACGUAAGAGUGAGGUUCAACUCUGGAGACGUGUCUUCGAAAAGUCUGCUGAUUUAUCUGGAAUUGAGUCAUCAAAAUUUCGAAAUGAUGCUGACAUGCUAAAAGCAAUAAUAGAUCUUGUGCUGAUGAGGUUGAGGAAAUCCGUGGUUAUCUCAAAAGGGCUCGUUGGAAUCGAUAAAAGAAUUGCAGAUGUAGAAUCAUUGAUACACAGAGAUGUAGAGUCUGAAAAAGCCCGUCUUAUUGGACUUUGGGGUAUGGGUGGUAUAGGCAAGACAACCCUUGCAGAAGAAGUAUUCAACAAACUACGGUCUAAAUAUGAAGGUUGUUAUUUUUUGGCCAAUGAAAGAGAACAGUCAAGUAGAAAAGGAAAAGUUUCUUUGAAGGAAGAAAUUUUUUCUGCUCUGUUAGGAGAUGUGAAAAUUGACACACCCAAUUCACUGCCAGAAGAUAUUGUUAGGAGAAUUCGUCAAAUGAAGGUUCUCAUUAUUCUUGAUGAUGUGAAUGACUCAGAUCACAUAACAGAACUUUUGGGAGCUGUUGACAAUUUUGGAUCAGGCAGUAGCAUAAUUGUAACAACCAGAGAUGAGCAAGUGCUUAAAGCUAGCAAAGCUGAUGAGAUAUAUCAUCUUAGAGAAUUGACUUCAGAUGAAGCUCUUGAACUUUUCAAUUUGAAUGCCUUUAACCAAAGUGAUCAUCAAAGGGAGUACGAUGAACUCUCAAAAAGGAUUGUACAUUAUGCCAAAGGUCUUCCACUAAUUCUGAAAGUUUUGGCUCAUCGACUACAUGGUAAGAAUGAGGAAGUAUGGGAAAGUGAGAUAGACAAGCUUAAAAUGGUUCCUCCUACAAAAGUUUAUGAUGUUAUAAAGCUGAGUUAUGACGAUUUAGAUCGCAAAGAGAAACAGAUUUUUCUUGAUCUUGCAUGUUUUGUUUGCAGAUCGCGUUUGAAGAUAACUAUUGACUGUCUAAAAUAUUUACUGAAAGAUGGUGAAAGAGACAACUCAGUGGUUGUUGCACUAGAAAGGCUUAAAGAUAAAGCUCUUAUAACAUUUUCCAAAGAUAAUUUGUUAUGUAUGCAUGACAGUAUACAAGAAAUGGCUUGGGAGAUUGUUCGUCAAGAGUCUACUGAGAACCCUGUAAACCGCAGCCGCUUGUGGGAUCCUGAUGACACAUAUGAAGCUUUGGAAAAUGACAAGGUUAGUGAGGCCAUUAGAAGCAUACAAAUUGACUUGAAAGCACUUAAGGAACAAAAGUUAAUGCCUCACAUAUUUGCUAAGAUGUGCAGACUAAGAUUCAUGGAAAUACAUGGGUACGAUAACUAUAAUUGCUACAGUCAACUUGUUGCUGAAGAAGAGCUUCAAUUUUUGGCGACUGAACUAAGAUUUCUUUAUUGGGAUUUUUACCCUCUAAAAUCCUUGCCAGACAAAUUUUCUGGGGAAAAGCUUGUGAUAUUGAUAUUGGGAUCGGGUCGAAUGGAAAAACUUUGGGAUGGAGUGAAGAAUCUGGUGAAUUUAAAAGAACUUGACCUCAGAAACUCAUUGAGAUUGAAAGAGCUGCCGGAUUUAUCAAAAGCCACAAAUAUUGAAGUUCUGUGCCUCAGGGAGUGUAUUAGUUUAACCAGUUUGCACCCAUCUGUUUUCUCUUUGCCUAACCUUGAGACUUUGAACCUUUGUGGGUGCAUGCGCCUUACUAUACCCGCAACCGAUAUCCAUUUACGCAGUUUUAGUUAUCUCGACCUUGAUGGGUGUUGUAAUCUUAUGGAGUUCACACUGACAUCAGAUAAUAUGAAAGAACUGAACUUAGAACUCACGAGUAUGAAAGCACUUCGCUCAUCAUUUGGGCAUCAACGCAAGCUUGAAUUCCUAUGUCUUGGUGGAAGUCAUAUUGAGAGGUUACCUUCAUCCUUCGUCAACCUUAUACAACUGCUACAUCUGGACAUAACCUUUUGCGGGAAGCUUUUAGAAAUACCAGAGCUUCCUCUUUCCCUGCAAACUCUAUAUGCAGGAGGCUGCGAAUCAUUGAAGACUGUAUUCUUCCAUUCAACGGCAGUUGAACAAAUAAAGGAAAACAGGAAGCAGGUUUUGUUCGACAAUUGCAUGAACUUGGAUGAACGUUCUCUGGAGGCUAUCGGGUUGAAUGCACGAAUCAACAUCAUGAAAUUUGCAAACCAACACCUAUCUGCGCCAAGGCAAGAUGAUUUUCAAAAUUACAACAACCACUAUGAUUCUUUUCAAGCCUUUUACGCAUAUCCAGGAAGCAGUGUUCCAGAAUGGUUGGAAUACAAGACAAAAAUAUUCUGUAAUUAUAGAUCUCUCUUCUGCUCCACCUUCCCCUGUAUAUGGCUUCAUAUUUUGCUUCGUACUCCUCGGAGAAGUUGAUAAGCUUAAAGUUAACAUCGUUAUAAGUGAUUGUGAGGGUAAAGGUAUAACGCACACAUAUAGAAUGCAACUAAAUUAUCAGUUUUGGUAUAAGUUUGACAGACCUAGUUCUGUUGAAUCGCAGAAAGUGGUUGUGAUUUACGACCAAAGAUGUUCCAACUUCCUAAACAACAUAGCUAACAGUCUCACAAGGUUUAAAAUCAUGGUUAGAAGGCCGACUAAGACAAUGGCAGAUAUUAUAGUAAAUGGUUUAUGAUUGUAUUAAGCGGAUUUGGGGUGAGCAUAGUAAGAACAUCGACAUAUAGCAGUUUCAUGCAACAAAUGGAAUGGUGUGACUCAAUGUGCUUACAUUGAACAACUGCAACCAGUUGUAUUUCAUAUCUUCCCAAUCUCAGUUUCCAUUUUCUCUUGUCAGCUGAAAACUCCUUCACAGGGUGAUCAAACAUGAUGCCUAGGAGCUCCAUGUACCUUCCCCUGCAUGUCUGAGUGCACAGUCCUCCCAAAAGAUGAGUCAGGUGAACAAUUAGGUUAGAAUAAGCUUUACUUCCUGCAUACCAUUGGCAAUAUCAGGGUCGUCUCCAACCUAACAACUCAUCUUUUUUGUUGUUUAUCCUUCUUUUACAUUUUACUCAUAUUGAAUAAAUCUCACCUUUGUAUUCCAUCAACAUUAAUUUUUGGUACAUCAUUAUUAUGUUUUUAUUUUUGUAUUAUGAUAUAAACUAUUUCUUUU